GCGCUCUGCCUGGUGGUUCUGUGGAGAUCCUGGGCCCCACUCCUUGCUCUGCGUCUCGGCCAUCGGCGCCUCUGUAUCACAGAUGCCCACAGAGGCUCGGGUGGUGCCACUUCGCGGCAAGCUGAUGCUGGGUCGCAUGCACCAGAGCGGCCUCUUUGAGCAUUUGCUCUCCAACGAGACGGCACAGAGGUAUUUGUGCUGCGUUUCGCGGUCGCACCUCGAGAUCGUGCCCAAAGGCGGCGGAGAGUUUGAGGUGACCAACCAGAGCGCCAACCCCAUCGCCAUCUCCGGGCCGAAGCUCGGCAAGGGCGAGGCGGCCAUCCUCAGGCCUGGCAGCUGCAUCGACUUCAUUGGCACUCACUCGGAUGGCUCCGGCCAGACGGUGGUCUAUUUGAAGUUGCAGCUGCAAGAGCAACCACGGGUGCAGAGAAACACCUCGCAGGGCUCUGAAAAGCCACCCACGGAACCUCUCCUGGAGGCGCUAGGGGGUGCGGAGCAGAAGCGUCUGCUGCCCGCCUUCGAGGACGCAAGAGCAAAGGCGCCUUUCUGGCUGCAGCUGGGCGGUACCGCAGUGCGCCAGGGCUUCUCCGAGGAGCAGCGCUUGCUGGAGGGCACUCCGCAGGGCCUCAUGGUGGGCCGGGUGCAUCAGCAAGCUCUCCACCAGGAGGCGCUGCGAAAGGAGGUCCGGGAGUACCUGAGUCGGGACCACUUCCGAAUCGGCCGCGACGGAGACGGCCGCUACCACCUUGUGGCCCUGAGCUCCAACCCCAUCUGGCGGGACCGCAAGGGUCAGCGCCGGGAGCUGGAAAAAGGGGACCCGCCUUUGUCCCUGCUGCACGGGGAUGAGAUCUUGCUCUUCACUGGCGCGGCGGAUUGCACUCCAGACGGGCCCGAGAAUUUGGGCACCUUGAAGUGGCGCUUCUUCCAAGCCGAUAAUUCCAGAGAUCCCAUUGUGGACAACGACACCGUGAGAAAUGUCGGCAGGCCGAAGCCUCGUGACCGCAGCCCGGCCAACGGGAGGCCGCAGCACUAUUUGGCAGGUUCUUUGGUGGGCAAGAAUGCCUACAAAGAGAAGAACCGCUACACCUGCCUUGGACAGGUCUUUGACACGCUCAUGGAGGACCCUUCCGCGGGAUACCGACGCAAGUCCAAAUCUCCCAGUCGCGUGACCUUUGCCGGCGAGGACAAGGGUGACAAGCCUUCCGGCAUUCAGCGCCCAGCGACGGGCUACAUUCGGCAAGUGCCACCAGAGGUCCAUGAGCUUUGCGGCCCCGAUGGACGGCCUUUGGACUAAGUGCUGAGCGGCGCGAGGUCUCUUCCCGUCUUGCCAAUGAGAACACCAGAGCUGCGUUGCGCGGAGCCGGAC